GCCAAGUAGUGCCACCCACCUGUGCCCAGCAGUGCCACCCACCAGUGCCCAGCAGUGCCACCCAUCAGUGCCCAGCAAUGCCACCCAUCAGUACCCAGCAGUGCCCAUCAUCAGUGCCACCUCAUCAGUGCCAGCUCAUCAGUGCCACCUAUCAGUGUCACCUAUCAGUGUCCAUCAGUGCCGCCUAUCAGUGUCACCUAUCAGUGCCCAUCAGUGCUACCUAUCCGUGCCACCUCAUCAGUGCCGCCUAUCAGCGCCCAUCAGUGCCACCUAUCAAUGCCCAUCAGUGCUGCCUAUCAGUGCCCAUCAGUGCUGCCUAUCAGUGCAGCCCCAUCAACGCAUGUCAGUGAAGGAGAAAAAUUGCCUGUUUGCAAAAUUUUAUA